UUUAAUCCAUUAAGACCUAUUCCGAUACCUCUUUUCAACAUAAACAACCUAGUCUAUCCAACGCUUGCUAAUUAAUCAUUGAUAAAAUCCUUUCUCUAUAUAGAUUUUUCUGGAACAUUGUGGUGCCACCUGGUAGUUAGGCCACUUACUGUGCGAACCCUCGGCAGUUGGGGUCAGGGUCACAUGACUGGGUUUGGCGGGAAGGAGUUGUCUCGGGAUUUAGGGGUGUGUCCUGGUACAUAUAAUGAAUCCAGGGUUAACCUUCCCCCAUUCGUGUGUGUGCUGUUCUUUUUAUUUUGUCAAAAAAUAACUCUUUGUUUCACCACACGUGGCUUCCUUAUUCGCCCACCAUAUUGGUGACCCCGACGAUCCAAAACGGGAAUUUUGGAUUUAAACAAUGGACGCAGCCAAAUAUCAACCUCAACAGCCCGAGGUCACUAUCAAUCCAUCCCAGCAGAAUGUUGUCUCCCUGAAGUAGCCUGUGCUCUGGACAUUGAAGCCCGAAGUGUGAUUCAAGCAGGCAGAGGCCCAGUUCCACAUCCGACGCUUCACGGUGGAUGGUACCCAGUACUAUUCUGUGGUCGGCGCUGAAUAUUGAAAUAUUUAUUGUGCAAAUCUGUUAUGUUUUGAGAUGUAAUGAUGUGAUGAUGAAUUGUUGAUCCAACUAUUUAUAAAUCCCAUGAAAUAAAAUUCUAAGUAAAUCUUUGAGAACAAAUCAUGUCAGCUGAUGAAACCUAUUACUGGAAUAGAAAAUAAAAUUUGUAUUUAUGCAAAUAGUAGAGGUUGCACUCUUAAAAUGAAACAGUUUUGAUUAAUGGGUUGGAACUUUCUACUGCUUGCAAAAUAUUUGUGCCAGCAGUUGCUAAAUAUGACCAAAAAAAAGGAGAAGUUGCCACAGGUGCCCGUUGUCAAAUAAUAAAAUGCCCAUUAGGGUUUAAACCCUUCUUUAAUCAAUGUUCCCUCAGGAAGGGUAUGCAUUUAAGUCCCUGAAUGUGUGAUGCAGUUCAAAAAAUAUCUAACAACACUCUUUGUAGAUAUUUUAUGUCAAAAAAAAAAAAGCUGAACCAACAGGAUGUGGUUUAACUUUGCAGACUGUGUGUAGAAUCUAUAGCCGUCUUCCCCAACGUACAGCAAGAUUAGCUAAGAUUAUUACAGUCAUACAUGUGACCUCUGGCGGAUUCCUUCAUUUGCUGAAGUGCCUACAAAACUGUUGCUGCUUAAUGGCAGAGUGAGUAGACAGAAGGAAGCUGAACUUUGGAUCUGAUCAUCUGAAACUUGCUGCAAAACCAAAAGACAAAUUUUAUUUCUCAAGAAAGUAAACAAAUAAGAGAGACUGGAGCCUCCAAAUCCUAUCAAUUCACCCAACCAGCAACUGGGGAUUUGGGAAGUUCAUUUGGAUGAAAGUACAGAUCGAAAAUACUACUUUAACACCGUCACAAAAGAAAAGACUUGGAAGCCACCUCGGCGCUUUCUGGGAAUGCAGAACAUGAAGGAUGGAUCCACAGCUCUUUCGAAAGCAAAUACUCAGACAACAUUGUCUACUUCAUCCCAGUUCAGCCCUGCUGCUGUUCAGCGGAGGGUGAAAAGUGGAAUUGCUAACUGUGACCGCCUCAGCCAAACAAAGUCAAUGGUGUUGACUGACCCCAACCCACUUAAGUUUCCAAUAGCCCGUCACAGGCGAAAUCAUUCUCAGCACAACCUUUCAGACAUUACUGGGAUGGCGGAUCAGUCUCCACUGGAGAAAAAUGGCAUCUUGAACAAAGCAAAGAUAACAGAAGGAGGCAAAAAACUGAGGAAAAACUGGACCAGUUCUUGGGUUUGCCUCGAGGGAGACAAAAUUGAAUUCUACAAAGAAAACAAACAACAAACUUUAGCCAGUUUGAAAAUAGGCUGCAAGCCAGAAAAUGCAGACCUGUGUGGUGCUCAGAUUGAUUGGGCAAAAGACAAAUCGAGCAGAAAGAAUGUUCUUCAGCUAACAACAAUGACAGGGAAUGAAUUUCUUCUCCAUUCUGAUGAUGACAGUAUACAUGACUGGUACAGGGCCAUCAGACAUGUGAUUGAUAAAAUGUCAAAGAAGGGGGUCUCAAUACCAGCACACAGUAUCUGGAAAAGUUCAAGCAGUGAAGAAGUGAACAGGUGUGAGGGAGACAAGACUAAUCCAAAAGAAGCAAAAUCUGAGCACAGAAAAUCAUUAAUACUACGACUGAACCACAGCUCAUCUGACACCUCUGAGAAGAAGAGAGUUAAGAGCAGACUAAAAAAAUUUAUAUCAAGACGGCCUUCAUUGAAAACUUUACAAGAGAAAGGCCUGAUUAAAGAUCGAGUAUUUGGCUGCCACCUGGCUACACUGUGCAAGCGUGAGGGAAGCACUGUUCCAAAAUUUGUGAAACUUUGCAUUGAGGCCGUGGAGAAAAGAGGUUUGGAUGCUGAUGGCAUUUACAGAGUGAGCGGCAAUCUGGCGACAAUACAGAAAUUACGAUUUAUAGUGGACCAUGAAGAGAAGCUGAAUUUGGAUGACAGCCAGUGGGAGGACAUCCACGUCGUCACAGGAGCACUAAAGAUGUUUUUCAGAGAGCUGCCUGAGCCACUUUUUCCAUUCGGCUUUUUUGAUCAAUUUGUAGACGCCAUAAAAAAUCAGGAUUACGAUCAACGUGUUCAGUGUGUUGCAAAACUGGUGAAGAAACUUCCAAAACCUAACCACGAUACCUUGAGCGUUCUCGUUACACAUUUACAGAAGAUAAUAGCAAAGGCAAUGGUGAACCUGAUGUUGUCGCAAAGUGUAGGCAUCGUAUUUGGACCAACUCUUAUGUGGCCUGAAAUGGAAAAUUCAAAUAUGGCAGUGAACAUGAUGUACCAAAACCAGAUAAUCGAUCUGAUACUUACCGAGCAUGCUGAAAUCUUCAACCCCGAGGGGUUGUGAGCGUGCCGUACUCUUGUUCUCAGAUAUGAUGUUUGUGAAAACAUUGUUAAUUUGUGGUCCUGCUGCAUGCACAAGGUUGCGAGCACAUUAGCAUGCUCAUUUUUUUUGUUUUUUCCCUCAGUUUCAUUUAUAUUAAUCUGUACAGAUUAAUUUUACCUGGAAUUGUGCUUUUAUUAUUUUGUUUUGUUUCUAAUCACCGAUUGAUGGUUGCUUAUUUUUAUAUGAUUCAGUACAAACUAUUUGGACAAAAGUGCCUUUACUUUUCUAAUCUAAAAUAUUCUGCUAAUAUUGGUCAGAUUGCAGUCAAACUCAAAGCUGCAUGAUUAUUUGAACAGUCAGUGAUAGAAGACAACAAAAUGUAAUUUUAAUUAUUAAAAUAGAGUAAAUAAAGGGCAUAUUUUUAACUUUAUUUUUUUUAAAGGAAUAGUCUGGAGAAUAUCGCUUAUCCCUUUGGAACAUUUCAGAAAAGAUAAAGGACAUCUCUUUAUAGCAAGGCAUAAAGAACUAUCUCGUAAAUAAUUUAAGGUAGUCAAAAAUGCUGGGGAAACUCAGCGGGUGAGGCAGCAUCUAUGGAAUGAAGGGAUAAGUGACGUUUCGGAUCGAGACCCUUCUUCAAUUUACUCAGUUAAUUGAGCUUGCUUUAUUUUAACAUGAGGAAUAUAAUAGUUUAAGGUCUUCAUAGACUUGGAUACGGAUCAUCGAUGAUUGAUUGGUGGAACAUACAUAGGGAUCAAUAGGCCCACCUCUGCUCUUAUAUUUUCCUCCACCCUUGUCCACCAAAUCUGAGCCUCUGCUUUAGAUUUCUCACUGCACUCAUCUAUUCAAAGCCCCACCCCUGCUUCCUGGGUAAUUAAAUCUGAUAUUUGAUUUAUCCCAAUUCCUCAUCCAUCUGAAUAUCACACCAAGCAACGAACUAAUCAUCACAUACUCUUCAUCACAUAAACUAUUCCAUUAAAAAAAUCAAGGCUUGUGACCAAAUACUAAGUGUCUUUUGCUCUUUCGAUAGAUGUGGGUGUAGAUAGUCAAAUCAGCAUUCACUGACAAACUUAAUUUUCCUUGAAAUGUGUAGCAUUCUGGGUCACUCCCAGGCUAGAAGAAGGAUCAGAUUACAACAGAUUAAUAAACUAUGUGUCAAUUGAGGAUUUUGUCUGAUCUGUUCCAUGAGAUUGAAUAAUUUGAUUGAAGAAGGGUUUUGACGCAAAACGCCAACUAUCCAUGUUCUCCGGAGAUGCUGCCUCACCUGCUGAGUUACUCCAGCACUUUGUGCCCUUUUGUGUAUUAAACAGCAUCUGCAGUUCUUGUUUCUGCAGAUUAUCAAAACUUAUUGCCAAGUAUGAAGAAUUAGCACUCAUGAAGUAGAAGAGGGUUGCUGGCAAUGAUGACAAAGUUGCCAAAUGUUAAUAUUGCAAUAACUUUCUAAUUAACCAAUUAUAGCUACUUGUACAUCAAUCAACUGUUUUUUAUACCCACUCAUAGAUACAACUUUGGGUUUGAUCAAUGGUUAAUUCAAUAAUUCACUGGAAGAUUGCUUUUCUCUUUGAGCAGUGAAGCUAUCCUAACAAACAGAAAAGCUAUUUCAUGUUAUCUUUAAGACUGGGUUUCUCCUACUGAUAUUUUGCUUUUCAUGUUUGCUAGGUUCCUUUUUCACUUCCGCUGACUUUCGCACUCAGAGGUUUACCUCAUGCCAGACAGUUUAUUUUCUGAAAGACAAAAUGUUGGCUUUUUUUCUCCCUCACUGAGGUGAGAAAGUUCUACCCACCUCCAAAAAUUUGGCUUUGAACUGGUAACACUGAUCACGCAUGUUUGCUGGACUCAAAGGUGCGAGCCAGGCAGAUCUGAAGCACAGCCCAUGCUAAUUUUCUCAUCAAAAACCACUUCCAGUAGGGUGUGAACUAAACGUUGUCUUAACAUCUAGUCCUCAUGCAUGAAUCACUUUCAACUGAUUAUUGAUUGAGUUAACAAAAAGCUCAAUGAGUUUUGCACAACCGUUGAAGGGGCAUUGCUGGCAGGAAUUUACAGCGCGCAAGGCCAGAUUUCUCCAGAGACAACACGGAAUACAACUCCUUGUAUUUGAUCUGCAAGGUUUGGAUACAGAGACUUGCUGAAUUUGGAAAAAGGUGCCUUCCGCACAAAAGACUGAAAAUUAAAGUCCAACAUUUGCUAUUGACUUUGAGUCUCUAAAUUGUCAACACACAGUGGCAGCUGAAAAAAUAACUUCAAUAUACAAUCUCCAAAUGUCUUCUCUCUUACUUAAUAAGAAAAUAUAACCAUAUAACCAUAUAACAAUUACAGCACGGAAACAGGCCAUCUCGGCCCUACAAGUCCGUGCUGAACAAUUAUUUUCCCUUUAGUCCCACCUGCCUGCACUCAUAUCAUAACCCUCCAUUCCCUUCUCAUCCAUAUGCCUAUCCAAUUUAUUUUUAAAUGAUACCAACGAACCUGCCUCCACCACUUCCACUGGAAGCUCAUUCCACACCUCUACCACUCUCUGAGUAAAGAUGUUCCCCCUCAUGUUACCCCUAAACUUCUGUCCCUUAAUUCUGAAGUCAUGUCCUCUUGUUUGAAUCUUCCCUAUUCUCAAAGGGAAAAGCUUGUCCACAUCAACUCUGUCUAUCCCUCUCAUCAUUUUAAAGACCUCUAUCAUCCCCCCUUAACCUUCUGCGCUCCAGAGAAUAAAGACCUAACUUAUUCAACCUUUCUCUGUAACUUAGUUGUUGAAACCCAGGCAACAUUCUAGUAAAUCUCCUCUGUACUCUCUCUAUUUUGUUGACAUUCUUCCUAUAAUUGGGCGACCAAAAUUGUACACAAUACUCCAGACUUGGUCUCACCAAUGCCUAGUGCAAUUUUUAACAUUGCAUCCCAGCUUCUAUACUCAAUGCUCUGAUUUAUAAAGGCUAGCAUACCAAAAGCUUUCUUUACCGCCCUGUCUAUAUGAGAUUCCACCUUCAAGGAAAUAUGCACGGUUAUUCCCAGGUCCCUCUGGUGUGUUAUUAUAUAUUGUGACUCUGUUGGUACUGCAAUACUGAUAAUAUUUGUUUUUAUUAUUUAGUACCUGUAUUCUUAAAAAUUAAACAUAAAAUAUGUUGUAUAAAUAUUUCUCUGUAUCUGCUUUAUGAAAGAGCAGGAUUAUCUCUUUGUUAUCUCCAUGUUAUGGAAAUAUAUGGAUUAUCUCCAUGUUAUGGAAAUAUAUGUCAAGAAAUCAGCAAAAUUUAGAAAGUUAUUGCAAUAACAACUUUGGGCAGUUUUGAUGAUCAGCCUUUCCGAAUUAGAUCCAUUUUCGAAUUCCGUUCACAUGAUGUUGUACCGAUAGGAAUUGACGAAAAAAAAGCGUCCUCCAACUAUGUAAUUCAUUGAGUUCCUAACAAACCAACUGCGCAGAUAAACCAUUUUCAGAUGGUUGUAUGUUUGUGUCAAGAUGUGAACACUGCAAGGACAGGGUUUAAUCGAGAUUCCAGGUCUAUUUCUAAAUCGCUUCAGCAUUGAAUGUAUUGAAAAACUGACAAGAGAAAACAUUUGUUUUCUGAUCAAUUAUCAUUGUACAAUUCAGAAAAGGGGAAUUUAUAGAAGAAAAAGGAAUGCAGCUUUCUAAAUUAUAUCACCUGAUAGUGGUUGUUGAAGCCCAAUUUUAUUCGGGUUUUAACAUCAAAUGAGAACAACGACUAUUCAACCAAAAUAUAUGUCUAUGACCAAAUUAUAUUUCAUCUUUUUUAAGUGAUAUUGGCCUUUAUGGAACAACGCUAAAUAAAAUUUCUCCCAAAUUGCUAUCUAUUGUGCAACAAUUUUGUAUACUUCAAUUGUAAGCAAUAUUGUACAGGUAUCUAUCUGGUUUUGCUAGGUAAAUGCAUUACCAUUUUUCCACCAUGUUAUCUGUUUUGAAAUUGAAAAUAAAAUUGGAACUGCUUA